UAGUAAAUUUUGAUUAGCUGAAGAUGGUCACAGCCAUGACAGUUGGUGAGGAUGAAUUCUCUCGCGAUGUUCCCCAGACACCAGCAACGUUCCUCGUUUUCCGUUAUUUCCAUAUCAAGAAGGUUCGUUCUCCAUGCCUCAAGCACAGACUUGUAAACCUCUCAACCGCUCAUAUUUCAUCUCGUAUCGCUCCCAUUCCUCCAUCAAAGCCUCAUACUAGAAAACCUGAAUUCCCCUUGCAUUGCUUGGCAAACCUUUUCAUAUCACACGGGGACACGAAUUUCUCUUGUUUUUUUUUUUCGCGGCGAAGAUCUAUGGCGGAGCAUUCAGUCGUUGAAUCGCUAAUGGAUAAGAUCACCGAGAAGAUCCACGGUCACGAUUCAUCUUCCUCUGAUUCCGACGAUGAUAAACCUUCCAAGGUUGAUGCCGUCAAAUCGAAGAUAUUUCGUCUCUUUGGAAGAGAGAAACCCAUCCACAAAGUCUUGGGCGGUGGAAAACCUGCUGAUGUUCUUCUCUGGAGGAACAAUAGAAUUUCUGCAAGUAUUCUGGGUGCGGCAACCACAGUCUGGGUUCUCUUCGAAUUGCUUGAAUACCACUUAAUCACUCUGAUUUGUCAUAUAUCAAUACUCUCGCUUGCUAUCCUUUUUCUGUGGUCCAAUGCAUCCACGUUUAUUAACAAGUCCCCACCUGAAAUCCCAGAAAUUGUGAUCCCUGAAAAACGUGUCCUGGAAGUGGCAUCUGCAUUGAGACUUGAAACUAAUAGAGCGUUGGCCGUAUUACAUGUUAUUGCAUCCGGGAAAGAUGUGAAGAAGUUCCUUACUGUAAUUGCUGGCUUGUGGGUUCUUUCCAUUGUUGGGAGUUGGUUCAACUUCUUGACCUUGAUCUACAUAGCCUUCGUUUUGCUGCACUCUCUGCCUGUGUUCUACGAGAAAUAUGAGGACCAUGUUGAUUCAUUUUCUGAGAAGGCAUGGAUUGAGAUCAAGAAACAGUAUGCAGAAUUGGAUGCAAAGUAUUUGAGUAAAAUUCCAAAGGGGCCAUUGAAGGAAAAGAAGAAGGAUUAAAGAGGGACCGUUGUAGUGUUGGCUAAGUUCCUAUAGAGACUAGGCAAUUCUGUUAAGAGGAGUUUAUCAAAGGUGGUGUUGUGAUUAAAAGAUAUCUACUUUCUGCUACUGGGGUGCUUGGACGCCCAUAAAUUAAUUUAAUAUAAUGGAAAUUAAAAUUCUA